AUGGACAAAGAGAAGUUUCGUUUCUAUAUUAAAGUGCGUACUGCACUUAAUAUUGAAGCAACAACGAUUCACGACGAGUUGCACAAUGUAUUUGGCGAUGAUGCUCCUUCCUACCGAACAGUUGCAAGAUGGGUGCAAUGGUUUCGUGAUGGUCGAGAAGUAGUUGAAGAGGAAGAACGAUCUGGAAGACCUGUAACUGAGAGUACUCCUGAAAAUAUUCAAGAAGUUCAGAACAUUGUUACUGAUGACCCUCAUGUUACAAUCGACAAAAUACAAGACCAUACCGGUCUUAGUUAUGGCAAACAACAGAGACCUCGAUCAGGUCCUCAUGCUAUCAAACUUCAUCAUGAUAACGGAGGCCCUCAUGUUCAUGAAGCUGUCCUUGAUUAUCUUCGCUCGGAGGGUGUUGCCAUAAUACCACAACCGCCCAAUUCUCCGGAUAUUUCACCUUGUGAUUUUUGGUUAUUCGACUUGAUCAAACGAAAUCUAGCUGAUCAAUCUGAUGCCGAAUCGCUACAUCAUGCUACAACCGAGUUCAUGUAUUCUUUGGAUAAAGAAGAGUAUAAGAAAACGUUUGAAAAAUGGAUUCAAAGGAUGCAAUUGUGUGUGGAUAAUGAAGGACACUACUUUGAACACUUCAUGAAAUGA